GUCUCCCUUGCUCUCCAUCGUCCCUCUCUAGAUCGUGUAUUCCACCCUUGACUCCCCAUCUCCGACGAUCGGCCCCCAAACGCCUUGCAACGCCAGACACGCCCCCACCAUCGUAGAUCACCAUGUGCGGGAUCUUCGCGUACUGCAGCUUCCUCCAGGAGAAGGACCGGAAGACGAUUUGUGAGAUCCUCUGCAACGGUCUCGCCCGCCAGGAGUACCGUGGCUACGACUCUGCAGGUAUUGGCAUCGAUGGCGACAAGCCCGGAGAGAUGUUCUUCUUCAAGGAGGUCGGCAAGGUCGCUGGCCUCCGCAAGAAGAUCGCCGAGUCCAACGUCGACACCUCCAAGACUUUCCUCUCCCAGGUUUCCAUCGCGCACACUCGAUGGGCCACCCACGGUCCUCCUUCAAUCGUCAACUGCCACCCUCUCAAGUCAGAUCCCAAGGCCGAGUUCACAGUCGUUCAUAACGGUAUCGUAACCAACGCUGCCGCCCUCCGCCUUGUCCUGCAAAAGCGCGGUUACAAGUUCGAGUCAGAGACUGACACAGAGGCUGUCGCUAUCCUCUCCAAGUACAUCUACGACUCGCAGCCCGACAAGCGCCCUAGCUUCACCGAGCUCGUCAAGACGGUGCUCAAGGAGCUUGAGGGCUCCUUCGCGUUUGUCUUCAAGUCCUCUCACUACCCCAAUGAGGCCGUCACCGCCCGUCGUGGUUCUCCCCUCCUGAUCGGUGUUAAGACCGAGAAGAAGCUCAAAGUUGACUUUGUCGAUGUUGAGUUUGCUGGCCCGGACAGCGACGCUAAGAGCGGCAGCACCCUUGCCCCCCCUGCCGCCUCCGCUGGUGGUCUCCUUGUUCCCCCUGCUGGCCCCAGCAUGCUUCGCACCCAGUCCCGUGCGUUCAUGUCCGAGGACGGUCUUCCUCAACCCAUCGAGUUCUUCGUUGCGUCUGACGCGUCCGCGAUCAUCGAGCACACGAAGCGCGUCCUCUACCUCGAGGAUGAUGAUAUCGCGCACAUUGCUGAGGGCGAGCUGCACAUCCACCGUCUCCGCCGCAACGAAGAGACCGGCGGCGCUCCUCAGGCUCAGCACCGCACGAUCGAAACCCUCGAGAUCGAGCUUGCGGAGAUCAUGAAGGGCAAGUUUGACCACUUUAUGCAGAAGGAGAUCUACGAGCAGCCUGAGUCGGUCGUCAACACCAUGCGUGGUCGUGUCAACUUUGACCAGCACGUCAUUACCCUUGGUGGUCUCCGUGCUUAUCUCAACAUCAUCCGUCGCGGUCGCCGCAUCGUUUUCUGCGCGUGCGGAACUAGCUAUCACUCCGCUAUUGCCACGCGUGCAAUCUUUGAGGAGCUCACCGAGAUCCCUGUCUCCGUCGAACUCGCGUCGGACUUCCUCGACAGGAAGACUCCUAUCUUCCGUGAUGACGUUUGCGUGUUCGUCAGCCAGAGUGGCGAGACGGCCGAUACCAUCCUCGCCCUUCGCUACUGCUUGGAGCGCGGUGCGCUCUGCGUUGGUGUCGUCAACACUGUCGGGUCGACAAUCUCGCGUGAGACCCACUGCGGUGUCCACAUCAACGCGGGUCCUGAGAUUGGUGUUGCGUCAACCAAGGCGUACACGUCGCAAUACAUCGCGCUCCUCAUGGUGGCUCUCCAGCUUUCCGAGGACCGCAUCUCGCUCACCGAGCGCCGCAACCAAAUCAUAGAGGGUUUGCACGCACUGCCCGGUCAGAUCAAGAGGGUGCUCGAGGGCGACAAGGGUCUCCAGGAGCUCGCCACUGGCGUUCUCGCGAACCAGCGGUCCCUACUUAUCAUGGGUCGUGGAUACCAGUACGCUACGUGCUUGGAGGGUGCCCUCAAGAUCAAGGAAAUCUCGUACAUGCACUCCGAGGGUAUCCUCGCCGGCGAGCUCAAGCACGGUCCUCUGGCGCUUAUCGACGAGAACAUGCCCGUCAUCAUCGUCAUGACGCAGGACUCGCUCUAUCCCAAGGUGCAGAGCGCGUACUCGCAGAUCACUGCCCGCAAGGCGCAGCCCAUCGUCGUCUGCAACGAGGAUGACGACGGCAUCCCGAAAGGCUGCAAGACCAUCCGCGUGCCCCGCACGGUCGACUGCUUGCAGGGUAUCAUCAACAUCAUCCCCCUGCAGCUGCUCAGUUACCACUUGGCGGUGAAGAACGGCUUCGAUGUCGACUUCCCUAGGAACUUGGCGAAGUCGGUCACCACCGAGUAAGUGCCCCCUCCACCGCGGUCGCACGUGCAAUGGGCGGUCGGGGGUCAUAACAGGCCACCGUACUCUGAUGGAGAAGGACGGGAAGGGGUACGAGAGGGACAGGUGGAGAGACGCACGGACGAUUGCAGAAAAUUGGACACUCUACGUCGCCCGCACCCGGGCUUACGCGCGGCUAGCACGGACACUUGUAUAGACGAUACUGUUGUUUCGCAUGUCUCUGUUGUUGGCAGUUGUCGUCGAGGCACUUUCGAGGCGUUAGUGUAUGUACUAUCAUGAUAUCACGACAGUUGGAACCUGUGCUAGU